CUCUUCCAGGCUGCUGAAUCAGGAAUAAUAAAAGUGAAAACAAUAGCUGCACGGAGCACUGAUAUUUUGGCAGCAUUGAAAGAGAACAGCUCAGAGGUAGUUCAGCCUUUUCUAAUGGGUUGUGGAACAAAGGAACCAAAGAUCACUCAGCUGUGUCUAGCAGCCAUACAGAGGCUCAUGUCCCAUGAAGUUGUUUCAGAGGCUGCAGCAGGAAACAUUAUUAAUAUGCUUUGGCAACUGAUGGAAAAUAGUCUUGAGGAACUUAAAUUGCUUCAGACAGUUCUUGUACUUUUAACAACCAAUACAGUUGUACAUGAUGAAGCGCUAUCCAAGGCAAUUGUACUUUGUUUUCGAUUGCACUUCACAAAAGAUAAUAUCACAAAUAACACUGCGGCAGCUACAGUGCGGCAGGUAGUUACUGUUGUAUUUGAGAGAGUGGUUGCUGAAGAUGAACGAUACAAAGAUACUAUGGACCAGCCAGUUGCAGUUCAAGGAAAUAGUAACAGAAGAUCUGUCAGUACACUGAAGCCAUGUGCUAAAGAUGCAUAUAUGCUUUUUCAGGAUCUUUGUCAGUUAGUCAAUGCUGAUGCUCCCUACUGGCUCGUGGGUAUGACAGAAAUGACCCGGACAUUUGGCCUUGAACUUCUUGAGUCAGUCCUCAAUGACUUUCCACAAGUGUUUUUACAACAUCAGGAAUUCAGUUUUCUUCUUAAAGAAAGGGUAUGCCCUCUUGUUAUAAAGCUCUUCUCCCCAAAUAUCAAAUUCAGGCAAGGUUCCAGCACAUCAUCUUCCCCAGCACCAGUGGAGAAACCAUACUUCCCGAUCUGUAUGCGUUUGCUGAGAGUAGUUUCUGUUUUGAUUAAGCAGUUUUACAGUUUGCUGGUAACAGAAUGUGAAAUCUUUCUGUCAUUGCUGGUUAAGUUUCUGGAUGCAGACAAACCACAGUGGCUAAGAGCUGUUGCAGUAGAAUCUAUUCACAGGCUUUGUGUGCAGCCUCAGCUAUUAAGGUCCUUUUGUCAAUCGUAUGAUAUGAAGCAACAUUCCACUAAAGUUUUCCGUGAUAUUGUGAAUGCACUGGGGUCCUUCAUCCAGUCACUAUUUCUUGUACCAAGCACAGGGAACACAUCAGCGACACCAAGCCAAACUGGAAGCAAUGCAUCGGGGAAUACUGGUUCAGCACAAACUAACCCAGGAGUGCUUGGAAUGGGAGGAGGUGCAACUGUAUUACCUGCCUUUGAGUACAGAGGCACUUGGAUACCUAUCCUGAAUGUAACAGUACAAGGCAGUGCUAAAGCUACCUAUUUGGAAAUGCUGGACAAGGUAGAGCCACCUACGAUUCCUGAAGGCUAUGCCAUGUCAGUGGCAUUUCACUGUUUACUGGAUCUUGUCCGUGGUAUCACUACCAUGAUUGAAGGAGAGUUGGGAGAGGCAGAAACAGUCAGUCAAACCACAACAGAGACAACUUCAUUACCAGCACAGUCUUCGGGGCAGCAAGACUUGCAGUCUGUAUCUGACCAAUCAGAGAAAGAACUAGUUAGCAGAGCUGUCUGGGAAGAAAUGGUGAAUGCUUGUUGGUGUGGUCUUCUGGCUGCUUUAUCCCUCCUACUUGAUGCAAGCACUGAUGAAGCUGCCACUGAAAAUAUUCUGAAAGCAGAAUUGACCAUGGCUGCACUUUGUGGAAGACUGGGUCUUGUAACAUCCAGAGAUGCCUUUAUCACUGCCAUUUGCAAAGGAUCCUUGCCUCCUCACUAUGCCCUUACUGUAUUAAACAGCACAACUACAGCUCUGUCCAGCAAAUCAUAUUCCAUUCAGGGACAGAAUGUUCAAAUGAUCAGUCCCUCAAGCGAGUCUCAUCAGCAAGUUGUAGCAGUAGGGCAACCCUUAGCUCUUCAGCCACAGGGAACGGUAAUGCUGACUUCCAAAAAUAUCCAGUGUAUGAGGACGUUACUCAACUUAGCUCACUGCCAUGGAGCCGUUCUUGGUACGUCGUGGCAACUUGUCCUGGCUACUCUUCAGCAUCUUGUCUGGAUUCUGGGACUGAAGCCUGGUGUUGGGGGUGCAUUAAAACCUGGAAGAGCUGUAGAAGGGCCCAGCACAGUUCUGACUACAGCAGUUAUGACUGAUCUGCCAGUUAUAUCCAACAUACUUUCAAGGCUUUUUGAAAGCUCACAGUACCUUGACGAUGUGUCUUUACAUCACUUAAUAAACGCCCUUUGCUCCUUGUCUCUGGAAGCCAUGGAUAUGGCCUAUGGAAACAAUAAGGAACCAUCGCUUUUUGCUGUUGCUAAAUUACUGGAAACAGGACUAGUUAACAUGCACAGGAUUGAGAUUCUUUGGAGACCUCUGACCGGUCAUCUUCUGGAGAAAGUCUGUCAGCAUCCAAACUCCAGAAUGAGAGAAUGGGGAGCAGAAGCUUUAACUUCUCUCAUUAAAGCAGGACUGACAUUCAGCCAUGAUCCUCCAUUAUCUCAAAAUCAGAGACUGCAGUUGCUUUUACUGAAUCCACUAAAGGAACUGUCAAACAUUAGUCAUCCUGAUAUCAGGAUCAAGCAGUUGGAGUGCGUGCUACAGAUUUUGCAAAGUCAGGGUGACAGCUUAGGACCUGGUUGGCCAUUGGUGCUUGGAGUCAUGGGGGCAAUCCGAAGUGAUCAGGGAGAGUCCUUAAUACGGACUGCAUUCCAGUGUCUUCAGUUGGUUGUGACAGACUUUCUUCCAACAAUGCCAUGUACUUGUCUACAGAUAGUUGUUGAAGUUGCAGGAAGCUUUGGACUUCACAAUCAAGAGCUAAAUAUUAGCUUAACUUCAAUUGGUUUGUUGUGGAAUAUUUCAGAUUAUUUUUUCCAAAGAGGUGAAAUAAUUGAAAAGGAGCUAAACAAAGAAGAAGCAGUAUUGCAGAAACAGGCAGAAGAAAAGGGAGUGAUGCUGAAUAGACCUUUUCAUCCUGCACCACCAUUUGACUGUCUUUGGUUAUGCCUAUAUGCCAAACUUGGAGAACUGUGUGUGGAUCCCCGACCUGCAGUUAGAAAGAGUGCUGGGCAGACAUUGUUUUCUACUAUUGGUGCUCAUGGAACUUUAUUGCAACAUUCAACGUGGCACACAGUAAUAUGGAAGGUUUUAUUUCACCUGUUGGAUAGGGUUCGAGAAUCUUCUACCACAGCUGACAAAGAGAAGAUUGAAUCAGGAGGAGGCAACAUUCUCAUCCAUCAUUCAAGGGAUACAGCUGAGAAACAGUGGGCUGAGACAUGGGUGUUAACACUGGCUGGAGUUGCAAGAAUAUUUAACACCAGGAGAUACUUACUGCAGCCUUUAGGAGACUUUUCCCAAGCCUGGGAUGUUCUUCUUGAUCACAUCCAAUCAGCAGCACUCAGCAAAAAUAAUGAAGUUUCCUUGGCUGCUCUGAAAAGCUUCCAGGAGAUCUUACAAAUUGUUUCUCCUGUCCGAGACUCAGAAAAGCCUGACACACCACCUGCUAUCAAUGUUUCUGUACCUGUAGUGGUAGGGACAACAACUGCCACUAGUCUUGGCAGAUCAUUCAUGAGAACUGACUCCAUUGGAGAAAGAAUAGGAAGAUACAAUGGAUCUGAACCACCUGUAAUAACAGAUGAGAUUGAAGAUUUGAAUCUUUGGUGGGCAGCCUGGAACAGCUGGUAUAGGAUUGGUUCAGAAAGUACAAGGCCUCCAAUUACUUGUGAUAAAUUGACUUUCAUUCCCAGCCAGCCUUUUCUUACAGCUUUAAUUCAAAUAUUCCCGGCUCUUUACCAACACAUCAAAACUGGUUUCAGCAUGGAUGAUCUCCAAAAGCUGGGUGUCAUUUUGCACGGUGCUGUUUCAGUUCCAAUCAGUUCUGAUGCUUCCCCUUUCAUCCUUCCAUCUUACACUGAAGCAGUUUUGACGAGUUUACAGGAAGCGGUGCUUACAGCUUUAGAUGUUUUACAAAAGGUAAUAAUGUGUCUUCAAACGCGUGGUGAAAG